UAUCCUUAGUUGCGGAGUCCACUCCCUCACCCUUUCCUCUCCUUCGCCUCUGGUUUUUCUUCCAAUCUGUGUGCUUCUUUGUUUUUCAAUUCGUCCACUCGUUUUCUGUUCUUCCCCUUUGGUGACGUGACACCGUUAAGAGUAUCUCAAAACAAUCCAAAAGCUCGUUGAUGGAGUUAGUUACUGGGUUAUCAUCCAAAGCUCACAUCAUUCUUUGAAUCCUCAACCCAAGUAAUUCAAACCCAACGGCAGUUAAAGAGUCAACCGUUAAGUUGCAGAAAGCUUCGCUGUAAUGACUUACACUAUAUAGUCUUCACCAACCCACUUUCCCUUCUGGCCCUGGCUGCUGGGUUUUGGAGCCCCUCAAUACAUUUUUAUCAUUUCCAUCGCAAUUCCAAACUACCCUCUCUCUCUCUCUACACUGUGAGCCAUACAGAGGAGCUUGAAGAAGUGUUUCGGACGUUGGAGGAAGCAAGCUCCGAUGUCGACGGGGAUGGGUUUUCGCAGUCCUGAUUUCUUGCCAUUUUCCAGCUAUGGUUAUGGAAGUCACUCUCAGCCUCGCAGUGUUUAUGUCUCUCCAGCCAUGAAAUUCAAUCCAUCUUCUCCACGGACAAAGAAGGAAACACAGUCUGUGGAGGUUCCAACAACAUCUAGUCCUCAAGUUGAGCCUUCAAAACCAUCAAAUCUUCGGUUUGAUCGGCUGCAACAUUUGAAUCAAGAGGUUAAUAAAGUGAAGGUAAUGGAUUUUGGACGAUUCGUGACCCGGGCGGCAUUACUUGAUGAAGAGUAUUGGACAUCGGCAUGGUUGAGAGCAGAAUGUCAAUGGGAGGAUCAACCAAAUGGACGCUAUGUCAAUAGCUACAAAAGAAAAUUUGCAGAGCAGGAAUUUAAUGCAUUAAAAAGGAGAUGCAAUGGUCAGUAUGUAGAAAAAUGCACCUGCAUCGUCGUGGUAAAAAAGGCAGAGAAGAAUCAGCAAUGUACCAUACUGAAGAGUGUGGUUGGAACUCUGGAUUUAAGCAUCCAACACCUGUUACAAGGAGAGGAGUAUCCUGGGGAAUUCAUGAAGGCUCCAAUCUUUCACUGCUUCAACCGAACAAGACCACGCAUGUACGGCUAUUUAGCAAACUUAUGUGUUGCCAAAAGCGCACGUCGCCGGGGCAUUGCAAGCAAAAUGUUGCAGUUUGCUAUUGAAUCUGCUAAAUCAGAUGGUGUGGAGCAAGUGUUUGUGCAUGUUCACAAGGAUAACAAGCCAGCAAAUGAGCUGUACCAGAAGAUGGGUUUCCAGAGAGUCGAAACGGCAACCCCUCAUUCAUUAGAAAAACAGAAUUACUUGCUUUGUUUAAAGACAAAGCAUUUGUGAAUUGAUGAGAGCAUAUCUUCUUCCUCUUUUGGUAUGGAACAGACCAAACCAUAGAAUUCUUGUAAAAUUAUCUAAAAGCCAAUUCCUGGAUUCUUCUGACCACUGCUAUAUGGUCCUAAAAUUCUAAUAUAGAAGCUAAAUUCAUUUCUUCUGGA